GGGUGACUGGGGAACAGGUCCAUGGGGGAGGUGGUGCUACAUAGCUAUCGCCACGACUGUAGCUGCUUGUACUGCCUCCGCAUCAGAGGGUCCGGAGGCGGAUGUCGUGGCUGGUGUAUUACGGGGGAGUCCGGCAUGUCGGCAGCGCCUCAUAGUGACCGGCCCGUCACGGGGAGGAGGAAGACAGGCGCGGCGUGCCGUCACCUCGGGGCGGCGCGUCACGUGUUGUUGUUGCUAAGAAGAUCAAGCGUCGCCUCACACUUUCCCAUGACCUCAUAACGCCGCGCCGCGACCUUUGUCCGCGUGCCUGCCCGCCGGAGGGGGCGGCGCGUCGCGCCCCGCCGUGCCCUCCACGGGGCCAUAUAAAGCUGCUCGCCGCGCCCCUCCACCACACUCUCCCUCCACCCUCGCCAGCGCCUCCUCCUCCUCCUCAGCUCUUCCUACGGCCUGUCCUCCUCCUCCUGCGUCAUGAAGUGUGCCGUGAGUCGCUCUGUGCCGCGCCGCCGAGACAGAGAUAGAGAUGGAUAGGUGUAAAAAGCUAGAUAGCUGAGAGAGACGCCCGGGGGUGCCUCAGGGGCCUGACGCCCAGCCACCCGGGGCCGCUAACGACCCUUCGCUCCCUCCGCAGGUGAUGGCGCUGCUGGUGGUGGUGGCGGCGGUGACGCUGGGGGCGGCACGCCCCUCCGACACAGUGUUCAGCUACGAGGGCGAGGACCACGAGCACACCCAGAAGGGCGAGACCGGCAAGAAGGUGGAGGGCUCCUACAGCUGGACGUCGCCGGAGGGCUACGAGUACUACGUCAAGUACGUGGCGGACGAGUACGGCUACCGCGUGGUGGACUCCAACGCGCUGCCCGUCAGCUCCUGGGGCGCCGUGCCCGACGGCAACCAGGUCAACUACGACGCCGACCACGCCGACGCCGCCGCGCACUGACCCCCGCCCGCGACGACCCACGACCCGACCAGCCCCGCCCCGACCCUCGACGACCCACGCCCCGUCACGCCCUGCGAUGAUGCUUCCUACCGACGCCUGCACGACCCGUGGCCUCGGCAGCAGCCUGGCCCCGGAUGCCGCCCCGUCCUCGUGUCCUCGUCGCCCGGUGCUAACGUGCCAGGCGUCCCGAGCUGUCUCUCGUGUCCUCGUGCCUCCCCUACAUGUACACGGCGCUGAGUCCAGGCCCUUCUGUGUCCCGCGGGCUGAGUGUUGGCCUGGCCCAGCGCCCUGUGUCCCCGCGGCCCGGCACACAGACUGGCCGCCGCUGUGUCCUUGUCUACAGUACAAACACGACCUGGUCCGUGCCCCUUCGUGCCCUGGUGUUCCGCGCGGCGCUAGGCCACGCACCGCACCCAAUAAACACUGCAGCAAUACCCGUGUCUGUGUACCCUCCUCUGCCCGCCCUCCAUCCCUCUCUCAAGCUCAAGUUCAAUCCUCUGCCUCAAGCUG